UGGCGAAACAAGACAGUGCAUAAAGUCCAAGGAGUUGCCUGCGACAUUCCUGCACAGUUUGUAAAAAGUACGGUCUUGUUCUAAGAAGAGAUAAUUUGCAAAAAACUGGGGUAUUAUCAUCUUUACGUCAUGGCUACUGUAGUAACAAAUAUCAGACUUACCCCUAUGUUUCGCUCUGUUUGUGCAACUGCAAUCAGAGCAUUGUCUACCAAUGCAAUGCUGAAUCCCAAAGAUGAUACAAAGGAAGUGAUACUUAAAUACUUGGAUGGAAAGGACAAUGGCAUCGUAGUAUUAGGACUAAAUCGACCAGCCAGUCGUAAUGCUUUUGGACGGACUUUGGUGAAUCAGCUAAGUGAAGCUGUUUCCUGCAUUAAAGAAGACACAAAGUUGCGAGUAUUAAUUAUCCGCAGUUUGGUUCCGAAAAUAUUUUGUGCUGGUGCAGAUUUGAGAGAAAGACUGAAGAUGGAUAAUUCAGAAGCUUCGAAAUUCGUAUCUUCGUUACAAAACAUUAUGAACAACAUAGAAUCGCUGCCCACUCCUGUGAUAUCUGCCAUAGAUGGCAUAGCAUUGGGUGGAGGAUUAGAGCUUGCGCUAGCUUCUGACAUUAGAGUCGCCACAUUGGAAGCUAAAAUGGGCCUCGUAGAAACAAAAUUGGCUAUUAUACCAGGGGCUGGUGGUACGCAACGACUUCCAAGGAUAGUUGGACCCGCUAAGGCAAAGGAACUCAUUUACACGGCACGUGUACUAGAUGGCAAAGAUGCUAUGAAGAUUGGUCUUCUGAAUGAAGUUGUUCCGCAAAAUAAAGAUGGAGAUGCUGCUUAUCAGGCUGCUCUGUCUAUUGCCAGGGAAAUACUACCGAAUGGACCAAUUGGAGUAAAAGUAGCGAAAGUAGCAAUAUCAAAUGGCCUCGAAGUACCUAUUGCUGAUGGACUUGAAAUUGAAAGACAAUGUUACAGUCAGAUUGUAGACACAAAAGAUAGAAUCGAAGGACUUACUGCAUUUGUAUCGAAACGUGUACCUGUUUAUCAAGGCAUGUAA